UAAUGUUUUUAUUACAGCGAUCGUUUUCUUUGUCGUAUAAUGCAAUAAGAUAAAAAUUAUAGACGAACACAUCUCUUCAUUUAGUUAUACUUGUAGAAAACAAUUAAUGAAAUCGAUCGAAGUUAAUUAAUUUUAAUAUUUUUAUAAAACUGAUUAAAGGAAAUCAAUCUUAUCUCGUCUUUUAAAGUAUUGUUUUCCUGUGGAAAUUUUCCGUUGUUUACCUUACUUUAUUUAAAUUUCUCGUAAAUGCAUAAAUAUACUCGCUGUGUACAGCCAUCAAAUGUAAAUUCCGCGCACGUUCUCCAAGUUUCCGUUUGUACGAAUAUUUGUAAUAACCACUGACACAUUCAUCGACGAUAUAUAUUCAAUUCAAGGUUCUAACCAGUUCUAUCUUGCGAUAUACCAUCCCAGGAAGUUGAUAAAACCCAUGAUGAAACCUAAAAAAACCACGCCUCAUAGAUAUACGCCUCAACAUAGCCAUGCUGGGAAUAAAAAGUCAUCACUGCAGGGGUCUGGUUUUCGUGUAGUGCAAUCAACAGUCGGCUGGUGAUCUAUAGAUCAUCGCAAGUCAUUCAUUAAAGUUCAAUGCGUACACGUGAUUCACAAAGCCCCUUGUAUACUACAAAUUGCGCAUUCGUUCGGAACGUCGCGAUGCUCUUCAAAGAAACAUUUAUUCGAUUAACCCGAGCGCAGACUUAGUUACAUUCGUUGCACCAGUGGCACGCGUUUAAUUCGAGCCUAUUUAUAGUGGAUAUUUCGGUCGUUCACAUUGUUAUUGGCCUGUAUAGGCAAUUGUUCUCGUCUGCAAUUGCACCGGAGAAAAACGAAACUUCGACCAGUGUAAAAGAACGAAAACAACGCGUUUCCAUUUCACAAGCGGUGGCUCGUUUCUACUUUCUAGUGUUCUUAUUUACCGUCCUGACGUUGUGUCAGUGACACGUGCUGCAGAGAGCAUGGAGUUAGAUAGUGAUGCUGCCGUUCUUACGGAUUCCGAACGUCCACGACAACCUAAUUCGGAGAACCGCGAUGAAAGAUCGGCACCCGGAGGAUGGACCCUAACGUUAGUCUUAGCAGGCGUUACUUGCUGCCUAGGAUCAGCUGUACCGGCGGGAUUCAAUGGAGGAGUAUUAAAUAAUGCGGCUGAUCUGAUAGGAGGAUUUUGCAAUGAGAGCGUGAAAGAGAGAUACGGAGUGGAGGUUUCUGAAAAUGGGUUGAAAAUAAUCUGGUCUACCGUCGUCUCGAUUUUCCUCAUCGGCGGUGCAGUUGGCUCGUUUCUUGCCAGUUGGGUAUCAGAUAGAUACGGGAGGAAAGGAGGACUAUGUGCUGGAAAUAUGUUUGGGAUUAUAGGAGCUGGAAUGCUCUUCUUAGUACGAAAAUUAAACUCGAUUGAACUAUUGUUAGCGGGCCGAUUACUUUCUGGUUUUUCCGGAGGUAUCGCAACGUGUAUAGUACCAAUGUACAUGGCAGAAAUUGCACCGUUGAGACUCAGAGGCGCGGUCGGUGUCUUAUGCCAAUUGGGAAUUACAAGUGGAGUGUUUCUAGGGCAAAUUGCUGGACUGAACACCGUCCUAGGCACUGAAAACUCUUGGGAUUUCAUGCUCGCAGCAUUCGCACCAUUAUGCAUGUGCGCCUUAGUUCUUACGAGCACCGUUUUGCCCGAGAGUCCGAAAUAUUUGUUCAUAAUCAGGGAUCAGAAACAAAAAGCUUUGGACGAACUCAGUAGGAUACGCAAUAUGGACGUGAUGCUCUUGCAAGUGGAGAUCUCCAGCUUGGAACAAGAAGCAGAAAUGAAGACAACAGCCGAGCCUUGGACUAUCAAACGCAUUUUGAAAGAUCCGGCUCUUCAGCUCCCCUUAUUCUUAGUUUGCACGAUACAGUUCGGACAGCAAAUGAGCGGUAUAAAUUUUGUCUUUUACUAUUCGAACCCCAUAUUCCUUGACGCCGGGCUUGGCAACACCGGGGCACAGUAUGCGACUCUCGCAACCGGCGCAGUGAACAUGGCCAUGGCUCUUGUUUCGGUACCAGUGAUGUCAUCUUUCAAUAGAAGAGGCGUUCUACUCUCCAGUAUUUACUUAUGCUUCGGAUGUUUGAUAAUUUUAUGCAUUGCCUUAAAACUAUCUUAUCUCUCAUCGUCCGUGUCAAUAAUCUGCACAGUGACUAUACUAGCUUAUGUGAUAUUUUAUGGAAUCGGUCUCGGGCCAAUACCAUAUUUUAUUGGAUCCGAGUUGUUCGAUGUCGGCCCCAGGCCGGCAGCUAUGGCGCUUGGUAGCGUUUUCAAUUGGGGUGGAAAUUUCCUAGUAGGCAUGUUGUUUCCGACAGUGGAACAUUUAAUGGGACCUUACGCCUUUUUAAUAUUCGUCGUUGCCCUGUUCUUUCUGGAGCUAGUCGUAAGGAUAUAUUUACCGGAGACCAGAGGAAAAGAUACGAUGGAUGUGACGACGUCGAUAAGUCAAGGAUUCAAAUCUAGACCAAACUGUUCCCGAGCCUAUGCGAACGCGGCCUAAAACUGAGGACCAAAGAUCUCGCAAUUUGCUACUUUUUUAUGAUUAGGUAAAUUUUCAUUUUCAAUACAGGCCUUGUAUAAAGAUUUAAUUAAGGAAUUAUUUAAGUAUAGGACUUUUAUACGACUUGAAAGUUAGAAAUUAAGUUAAUGGUCCGGUUCAAGUUUAAACACUUGUUAAUUUGAAUUACAUCACGGGAAUAUUUUCAGAUUUUAGAAAGAUUAAUUACGUACUGUGAAAAGCUUAUGCUUUCUGAAGAAAACGUUCAGUCUAUAUAUGUGUUUAACGCGUUGUUUUAAUUCAUGACGUCGGGGCAUUUUUUCAUCAUCGAGUUUCGUACGAACUAAUAUCAUGGUUUUUCAUAUUCGACUGUUCGCGAAUUGAGAAACGUAUCACUGCCCUUGUAAGAAAUUAAUUUAUUCUUUCGUACUAUAUUAUAA